AUUAAAGCUUCGCCGGAGCCGCGGCUCGCCCUCCCACUCCGCCAGCCUCCGGGAGAGGAGCCGCGCCCGGCCGGCCCGGCCCCCAGCCCCAUGGACCUCCGAGCAGGGGACUCGUGGGGGAUGCUAGCUUGCCUGUGUACUGUGCUCUGGCACCUCCCUGCGGUGCCAGCCCUCAAUCGCACAGGGGACCCAGGGCCUGGCCCCUCCAUCCAGAAAACCUACGACCUCACCCGCUACCUGGAGCAUCAACUCCGCAGCUUGGCUGGGACCUACCUGAACUACCUGGGCCCCCCUUUCAACGAGCCUGACUUCAACCCACCUCGGCUGGGGGCAGAGACUCUGCCCAGGGCCACUGUCAACUUGGAUGUGUGGCGGAGCCUCAAUGACAAACUGCGGCUGACCCAGAACUAUGAGGCCUAUAGCCACCUGCUCUGCUACUUGCGUGGCCUCAACCGCCAGGCCGCCACGGCCGAGCUGCGCCGCAGCCUGGCCCACUUCUGCACCAGCCUUCAGGGCCUGCUGGGCAGCAUCGCGGGCGUCAUGGCGGCUCUGGGCUACCCGCUGCCCCAGCCUCUGCCCGGAACUGAGCCCACCUGGGCCCCCGGCCCUGCCCACAGCGACUUCCUCCAGAAGAUGGACGACUUCUGGCUGCUGAAGGAGCUGCAGACCUGGCUGUGGCGCUCAGCCAAGGAUUUCAACCGGCUUAAGAAGAAGAUACAGCCUCCCCCCGCGGCGGUCACCUUGCACCUGGAAGCCCAUGGCUUCUGAUCUCUGACCCUGACCACCUCCUCUCUCCCCUCCGCCCUCAAGUCCUGCUCCCACUCUGGGAGGGAGAAACCCGUAUGCCAACACCUGUUGAGCCAGGAGACAGAAGCCACGAGCCUCUGGCCCUCUGCGGACUUGGAGGAGGGUGUGAUCGACAAGGCCUGUCCCCUCCCCGCUCUCUAAAGCCCUGCAGGUCUGGGGAAGAGGUGCAAUAGGCUCCUGCCCCACUGCCACAGGAAGGAAUGCUCACGGGGCCCGAGUGGUUCAAGUUGGUGCACAGGCUCUCACGGCUUCCUGCUUCCUGCCCAGCACUGUCCAGAGGCCACACAGUCUCUCACACGGUAGGCAGGGAGGGAGCCACCGCGGCAUGCGCCUUUCUGGGGGGAAGCCCUUUGGCUGUCCCACUCUCCUCAGAUGGGUGUUGCCCCCCCAUCCCCAAAUAGUUUAGUACAUCCAAGCCAGGAAACAAACGCGUGGCAAGUGCAAAUGGGAAGACAUGGGAUUUAAAAGUGGAAGAGGUGGGAUCUGCAUUGGAGAUCAUACUAGAAGCAGAGGGGCAGGGACAGACCGGACCCACGGGUCACCGAGGCAGCCGGUGGCACAGGACGGUGGCCUGAAGGACCCUGCCUUGCAUCUUCUUGCCGGCGUCAUGGUUCCUCCCCUCCCCCCCUCACCAGGGUAUCUGCGGGUUGCCCAGGCUGGGGAGGGCAGCCAUAGCCACAGCCGCAGGGUUUCCUGAAAGUUUACAUUGCAGUAGCAUUGCGGGGUGCGGGGAGGGGGGCAGCUCCCCUAGGCCCUGCCCCCCAGCCUCACCCACUCAUGACUCUAAGUUUGUUGUAUUAAUAUUUAUUUAUUUGGAGAUGUUAUUUAUUAGAUGAUAUUUAUUGCAGAAUUUCUAUUCUUGUAUUAACAA